UAGCUUUUGGCUACAUCAUGUGUGGCCCCCAAAUGACCAUUGGGGGCAUGUCUCUCUCACUUUCCCAAGGAAAGCUAAAUCUGAAGAAGUUUGACAACUCUGUGAACAGAGAAGACAGGAUUCUAAAACCAUGUUCUUCACCCAAUGGCCUUAUUGACAAGUUGGUGAUGAACUUUGAGAAUUUUUUGGAA